AUGGAGGAUUCUGCCAGACUAUCUAUGCUUUCACUAAAAAAUCACCGAGAAGAAAAGCAUCGGAAACGUCGUUCCCAUCGAGAGGAAUCAGACUAUCACUACGGUCCUAGUUAUUAUUAUCAAGAAUCCAGCAACCACUCGGGACAUGUAGAUAAACACGAUGAUAAUAACUACCGAAAUAGAUACCCAAAGUCAUACGAUCAACAAGAAGACUACAUUCGUCGUCGUAAAAAGUCUAAACACCGUAGCCCCAGCUAUGAAACAUAUGAAUCCAAACGAUCUCAUCAUGAGAGAAAAUCUCACAAGACUCGGAAACACUCCGAAGAUAGUCACAAAUCCACCUCAGGCCACGAAGACAAAUCUUUGGUAGUAGUUGAAAAUGAAGAAGAUGAGGAAGAAAUCAUCAGAAGAAGACGUAUUGAGAGACAAAAGUUACUGGAAAAGUUAGAAAUUGGAAAUCAAAGUAAAGAAGCCCCAAUUAAUAAACCUGAAAUCGAUCUCAAUCCGCAAGUUACUCAGGUAGAUAGUUUAACGGAUAUGGGUACAUUUGACGACACAGAGGACUUUGACUUCGAAAGCUUUGUCCAGGCUAAGUUAGAAUGUAUUAAAAUGGCUCCAACUAGUAAUUCAGAACAACCCUGCUCACCAAGUGGUCGUCUCUCUGGUGUUCAAGCUCCAGCUGCAAUGGCACUUCAGGAUAAAAAAAGAAAUGACCUAAAUAUCUCUGAACAAAACAAUUCCAAACCUUCUACAUUCGACAUGUUUGCUGAGGAAUUCGAAGUUGAGCUGCAUCAUGCUCCUGGAACUAUGGCAUUAGGGGCUAUGGCAUCUGAAAAUCAUGCCUUAUCUGACAACUGGGAUGAUGCUGAGGGUUAUUAUCGUGUUCGUAUUGGUGAAGUUCUGGAUAAGCGUUAUGCUGUUUAUGGAUAUACUGGUCACGGAGUGUUUUCUAACGUUGUUAGGGCGAGAGACAGUGCUCGGGGUAAUUUAGAGGUGGCGAUCAAGAUAAUAAGAAACAACGAUGUAAUGCACAAGUCAGGGCUAAAGGAAUUAGAAGUCUUGAAAAAACUCAAUGAUGCCGACCCGCAAGAUCGUUUUCAUUGUCUGCGACUUUACCGUCACUUUUUCCAUAAAAAUCAUUUAUGUAUGGUAUUCGAGUUAAUGAGUCUAAAUCUUCGCGAAGUUUUGAAAAAGUACGGACGUAACAUUGGGCUGCAUAUCGCUGCUAUACGUUCAUACACUCAGCAGCUUCUGUUGGCUUUGAAGCUAAUGCGCAAGUGUGGUAUUUUGCAUGCGGACAUCAAACCUGAUAACAUACUUGUAAAUGAAAACAAAAUCCUGCUUAAGUUGUCUGAUUUCGGAUCAGCAUCUACUAUACAGGAUAAUGAUAUCACUCCUUAUCUUGUUUCACGUUUUUAUCGUGCUCCAGAAAUAAUCUUAGGUGUUCCUUAUGAUUACAAUGUGGAUUUGUGGUCUAGCAGCGUAACUCUAUUUGAGUUACAUACUGGACAGAUUAUGUUUCCAGGAAAGACUAACAAUGAAAUGUUACGUUUAAUGAUGGAAGUCAAAGGUCGUAUACCAGGUCGCGUGAUCCGUCGUGGAAUGUUUCGCUCACAACAUUUUGAUGAACAGUGCAAUUUCCUUUAUCAUGAAGUGGAUAAAGUAACACAAAAGGAGAAAAUGACAGUAAUUCGUAAUUUACAACCAACAAGGGACCUAAUGACAGACCUUAUUGGUCAGUCAAAGCUAAGUGAACCAAUCUUCCGUAAAGUAACACAGUUUCGUGACCUUCUUGAAAAAACCUUGAUGCUGGAUCCUACUCGUCGUAUUUCCUUAAAUGAAGCUCUACAACACCCAUUUAUUACCGAACAAAGAGUUUAUGAUUUUAUCGCUAAACGCUAUCGGAAAGAAUAUUCAAUGCAAGAGAAUGUUGGAUUUCGAACUUUUCAACAGAUGCAUAAUCCACAAUAUAGAGAAUAUGAAAAUGGUUUUCCACCUGGUAUUUAUGGGUCUUCUAUUAUACCUAUUACCAUAUGGUAUCAUUACUGGAGUCGGAAUACUUAUGAAGAUAUGUUUCCGCAUAAUGGAAAUAUGUACUUAGCUGAUGUCAAUUGGCCUCACAUAGUUACAUUAUGUGAUGAAAUCAAACAUCCAAGAUGUUCAUGGGCUUAUUUUCUGGCAUUAAUGCAACCCACUUCAAAUAAUCCACACUUGCUACAACAAAUAUUUGGUGAAAAGUUUGUGACAUUGUCAAAUAAACAUUUCAUCACACCAGUUAUACGUGGUGGAUGUUAUCGCUUACGAACAAUAGAUCAAAUGAGUUUGAUAUACAUAUAUACUAUAUGUCAUCUUUAUGGUAAAAUAAGAGAAACUGUACCUGACUUAGAUGUAUGUCCAAAUCCAUGUAAGCGAAGACCUUGUCGUUAUAUUCCAAACGCAGUUGGUGAUUCUUGUAGACGUCGUGGCUAUCAUAAGGAUGAUUAUGAAUGCUUAUGCGAAUCGGGAUAUAAAUGGGAAAAGGACUUAUUAACAUGUGCCAUAAUUGAUACAUGCAAGUUAUGUAAUCAUGAAACAACUGAACUUUGCUUGCUUAAUCAAACAUCGGGUGUAGCCACAUGCAUUUGCAAAACGGGGUACAUUGGAUAUAAUUGCAAUCAACCAUUCGACGCUUGCAAAUCCGACACAUUAUUGAAAAUGAAUCCAUUAGACGCCGGUCCCUAUGUACCAUCAGGAUAUGAAGCAUGUGGCGUUAUGUUAAAUCCAACUAAUAAAUGCAAUCCAAUGUAUAAUAUGUUAACUUACAAUUGUACGUGCAGUACAGGAUAUACAAAAGAUUUGUCUUUACCAUAUGACAAUUGUUUGAAACAAAAAGAUGGUUGUGAUACACGUAUAUGUGUACAUGGUGAAUGUGUUAAUUCAAAAGAUCUUACUAACAGUGUCUGUGAUUGUGAUGAAGGGUAUGGCGGCGAAAAAUGUGAUAUACCUAAAAUUAUCUGGUCAGAGUGGUCAGAAUGGACAUCAUGUGAAGCGGAUUGUGGAUUUACUGGAGAGAGUACAAGAAUACGCUUUUGUUUAUCUGAAAACGAAGGGGACUGUGCAGGUGAAUUGGAACAGGUAGUUCUUUUAACUUUUUACAUUACAUUCUUUCGUACAUGAUUAUUCUCAACCAAGCUAAAGCACAAUGAUUAGUGAGUUAUACAUAAACCUUCUGAAAACGCUUUUCUGUGGAAUGGGUGAUUAACAACAAAAAACGUAGUUUUGGUGUUUUCUAAUAAAUACUUUGAAGUAUUUUGCAUGAAACAAGCGUUUAUGUAUGUUUAAAUUUUACAUCACACUUCAGGUACGAUUAUGUGAAUCAAAUUUAAAUUGUACACAACAUGCAUCCAUUUCAGAGAUUACAUGGGACAAUUUUAUACAAUGGACUGAAAACACAAUGCUGUACACUUUCAUUUAUUUGGGAGUCGUAACUAUAUUAUUCAAAUUUAUAAACUUGUUUAAGCAUCAUAAUGCAGAUUCAAAUUAGAAGUUAUAACACAUGUCAUAUGUAUAUUUCAUAUUACAUAGAAACUAAAACGAUGAAAAAUAUUCAAAUAACCGAAAAUCUCAUCUGCUUCAUCUAUUAGUAGUCUAUUCAUUCAUAAACUGAAAUGUGCUGCUUUAAUCAAUAUUAUUGAAUGAACAGCAUUUUUUAUCAGCGAAUCAGGUGUACGUUUUCAAUGUAAACAGUCUGUUUAAAAAAAAAACAAAUAAACGAG